UUGUCAGUUCUCAUCCCUCACCUCAUAUAACAUUUUUAUGAGUACUUGUGGUGUUGGGAUAUUAUUUUGUGCGGAGCAAAGAGAGAAGAGAAGAGAAGAGAGGAGGUUGUUUUGUUUGAUUGAGAUUGAGAUUGAGAUUGAGAUUGAGAAGAGAAGAGAAGAGUGAGUUAAUGAUGGAAACCUUGGCCACAUCUUCUUCUGCAACGCUACCAUCUUCAUCUUCUCCUUUUUCCAUUUUCCCUUCAAGAAGAUUAUCCCUUUCUCCCAAGACCCUCCACUUUCGUUUAGCCUCCAAGCGUGAUGAUGAUAACGAUUCAGAUUACCAAUCCAAUUCCAAGGAGAUCAUCGACAACAACAACAACAACAACAAUAACAAAAACAAUUACAACAUCCUUCCAAUUCUCAGUGAUCGCCGCCUCUCCCUUUCCCCUCUUUCUAAAGAUGCUGCGAUGGGGCUGGUGCUGAGUGCUGCAGCAGGUAGAGGAUGGACAACAGGUUCAGGAAUGGAAGGACCCUCUGUUCCUGCGGGUGUUAGGGAUAACGAAUCAGGGACAGAGAACAUCUCUACUUUCCCAUGGUCUCUCUUCACAAAAUCCCCUAGGCGAAGGAUGCUUGUGGCUUUUACUUGUACCAUAUGUGGCCAGCGAACUACACGGGCUAUUAAUCCCCAUGCUUACACUGAUGGCACUGUUUUUGUCCAGUGCUGUGGAUGCAAUGCGUAUCAUAAGCUCGUGGAUCAUUUGAACUUGUUUCAGGAGACGAAUUGCUAUCUGAAUUCAAGUUUUAAUUAUAAAGGACAUGGAUGGGAUGAUCUUAAGCUCAGGUAUAUGGACAUAGAUGACGAAAAUGAUGAUAUAUCCCCAUUUCAUGAGUGAGUUGCCUGGUUAUGAAUCAUAUAGUUUCUGUCUGAUCAUAUGGAAUUUUAGAUUUGGUGGCUUGUUUAUUGUUUAGGUUUUCAUGCUUUAUAGUAAAAAUUUGUCAGAGACAGGAUUUGUUUGUAUAGUAAUAUGUUUAUAUAGGUUUGAAACUCAUUUCUAUGAUCAUCAAUUUGAUAAUGUACAAUACAUUACAUAAAUAUU